GAGGGAGCUGCGGUCCCAUUGACGGCCCCCGUCUCCCUGACAGCAGCAUCAGCACCCAGCGUCCGCCUUGCCUGGGAGCGACGCAGACAGGCAAGCGGCCAUCCAAGACCACCCCCCCUCCCCCCCUCCCCCACCUCUCUGAACCCGGAUCGUAUCCCCCGCGUGUGCCGUCGUCCACACCGACCGCCGGAGAAAUGGGCUCCCCGUGAAACCGAGGUGGUGGAGGGGAGAGGCGGGCAGGCGGGAGGGGGUGGGGGGGUGGAAGACACCGGUGCAGCAUUCGGGAAGAAGCGAGGCUGCUAACGGCACACUACCGCCGUCCCUAACAGCGACUACACUACCGCCGCUGCCGCCAUGGGAACUCCGCAUCAGUCGCUCCAACCGCCGCUUCAUCCGUGGGCCAUGUCGUGAUCCGUGGGCUUUGCUAUCCGUGAUUCCCAAUCGAGGGGAAGGAGGAGGGAGGAGGCGAGAUGUUCUCCUCGGUAGGCCCUCGGGGUCCACCCGUCGCCCAGGCCAUCCCGGAGCCGGACCUGAGCCACUUGACGGACGAGGAGAGGAAGAUCAUCAUGGCUGUGCUGGCUCGGCAACGGGAGGAAGAGGCGAAGGAGGAGGCCAUGCUAAAAGAAGAGAAGCCUAUCCAAGCGAGAACAGUAAACUUGGUUGGGCAGAAAAAACCUCAGCAGCAAAAUGAUGUCCGGGGCAUCCAGCAGCAGCUUUCCAGCUACAGAGAGACAGUGAUACGGCAGGCCACGACUGCAGCCGGUUCAGCAGUUCACCGGGAUGAUGCUCCAACCUGCGGCAUCUGCCAGAAGACCAAGUUUGCAGACGGUUGUGGGAACUUGUGUUCGUACUGUCAGACCAAGUUUUGUGCCCGCUGUGGGGGGAGGGUCUCCCUACGAUCCAACACGGAGGACAAAGUGGUGAUCUGGGUUUGUAAUAACUGCCGGAAACAACAGGAGAUCCUAACCAAGCCGGGUGAUUGGUUCACUGGUUCAUCAGGAAAGCCUACCGCUCUUGGUUCGGCCAUCAGUGAGCCAUCUGUUUGCCUAGCCCCCGGUGAUAAGAAGCUGCGCUCCCACUCCCAAGCCCCUCCGGGCUCCACAUCAUCCUUAGAACCAAACCCAGCCAGUGUACCAGGGAGCACAGCUGGAACAGAUAUCCGAUCACGGAGCGAACCACCAAGAGACACGAGGAACGGAAGAGGCGGUGCAGGAACCGGUCGGGGAGACCGCAGGACAGGCCAUGCCAAGCUGGAGACCCAGGUUUCUAUGGAUCGAGAUCUCCGGGGUGAAUCUAGGGAACGCAGGGAAAGCCGCCGGCUUACAAAGGGAGGUUCUUUGGAGGUUGAUCCUGUGGGAGGAAGUGAUGCAGUGAGGCGGACACUAGAGGGGGGCUACCAAAACAUGGACCAAAGCGGUGGCCCCCCUUUCCAAGCAGGGCCAGUUCCUACUGGAAGCCAGGGCCAUCUUUUACCAGUGCAAGGUCGUGGCAGUGGAAUUAUGGGGAAGAUGAGAGAUGUCUUAGUGUCUGGACAGAGGACAGCUGGAGGGCUGCAUGAACACAACCCUGCCCUAAAAGACAACACCCUUGAACUCAGAAAAUCUUUGGGUAUAACUGGAUCAACCCCUGGCCAGGGACCUGUAGUGAAACGAACCAAAAGGGACAAGGCAGACAGCAUGCUGCGCAAUGAUUCGCUAAGCUCAGAUCAAUCCGAAUCUUUACGUCCACCGCCACCCAGGCCAUAUAAAUCCAAACGAGGGCUUGGUUCCGGAGGAAAAAGACAAACCAGCGUCAGCAGCUCAGAGGAGGAGGGAGGGACCACACCCGAGUACAGCAGCUGUGAGGAUGCUGAGAUCGAAAGUGUCAGUGAAAGAGGGGACUGGGAGUGCUACCCUCAUGACCCCACUGUAUGGCAUUUGCAGCAUCCUGUUACAUGGCAGCCCUCAAAGGAGGGUGACCAUCUGAUUGGCAGAAUCACCCUAAGUAAGAGGAGCGCAACUAUGACAAAAGAAGCUGGCAGUCUGCUGGGGUUGAAGGUGGUAGGAGGAAGAAUCACAGAGUCAGGGAGAUUAGGUGCCUUCAUCACCAAGGUGAAGAAGGGCAGCCUGGCUGAUGUGGUUGGGCAUCUGAGGGCAGGGGAUGAGGUUUUACAGUGGAAUGGGAAGCUGCUACCAGGAGCCACCAUGAAGGAAGUUUACAACAUCAUCCUCGAAUCUCAAGCUGAACCACAAGUGGAGCUGGUUGUUUCCAGGCCUAUUGGGGUUUGUAGAAAAUAUCAUGAUAUACCAAGGAUCCCAGACACGUCCCACCCUCCAUUAGAAUCUACAGGUUCAAGUUCAUUUGAGUCCCAGAAGAUGGAGAGACCAUCCCUCAAUCUUUUAUCCCCCACCAGUCCUGGAAUGGUUCUAGACGCUCCACGGCUAAUGCCAGGAAAACUUUCUGUGAAGCUGUGGUACGACAAAGUAGGUCACCAGCUAAUAGUCAACGUGCUACAGGCGCUAGAACUCUCUCUUCGGCCGGAUGGACGUCCCAGAAGCCCCUACGUUAAAAUGUACUUCCUUCCUGACCGCAGUGACAAGAGCAAGCGCAGGACAAAAGCGGUGAAGAAGACCUGCGAGCCCAAGUGGAACCAAACAUUCGUCUACAGUCACAUCCAUCGUAGGGAUUUCCGCAAUCAUAUGCUGGAGCUGACUGUGUGGGACCAGCCCAGGUCACCAGAAGAGGACAGCAUAUUUAUGGGAGAAAUCCUUAUUGAGCUGGAGACAGCCUUGCUGGACGACAAGCCACACUGGUAUCCACUCCAAACCCACGAUGUCUCAUCCAUACCCCUUCCACGACCCUCACCGUACCUGUCUCGUCGACACAUACACACAGACAAUCCUUGCAGGAAGCUGCAGCGUUCUCAGCGUGUAACAGAGCCUGAAUAUGAGGGUACAGCAGUAGUGUCUAAAGCAGAGGGGCGUGGCAGGGAGCGACAGCGGGAGCCCACAGCCACCCUGGAGGUGCCUGAGCGCCAGAGAACGCCCUCACAUCAUAUCCGUUCCCGCUCAGUAUCCCCACACCGUGAAGAGCAGGGAUCCAUGCGAUCCCGACCAGCCAACGUCCCUGCACAAAGGAGUCUAGACGACGAUCUUUCCCACUCUGUGCGUUCUCGUUCUCCAAACCGCUACUACGACUCUGCUAGAAGUCGUCACAAGGAUAAAGAGUAUCUGGAUGACAGUGAAGUCAUCAUGAUUCACCAAUCAAUGCGAGGCAAAAGUGCUGAGUGCAUCCACUCCAGGAUGUCAACUAGGCACUAUAAAACCCUCCCAACCAAGAUGCCACUCGUAUUCAACAAAACCCACAGCAUGAAAAGUGAUCUUCAACCUUCUCUGGACAGGGUUAGGAGUGCUAGCACCAACUGUCUGACUCCAGAAAAUCAUGCCCUCUCACCCGAGUUGGAAAGAAGAUCAUUGUCCCACUCCUUGCCCUGGAGACGUCCUCCCAGUCCAAGGAUUUUUAUCCAACAUGCCUCCCCUGAAGAUGACAGGCAGCCUCAGACCUUGGAUACAUCUGACUGUCAGACACUUGGCAGGAAUGUCUUUGACAGUGGCAGGGGUCACCAUCAAGGUGCAUCGCUUUCCUCUUCCGUGACGUCAUCUUCAGCUCACAAAGUGAGGCAGCUCCCCCAGCUUCCCCCAAAGAGUAACAGUGUAGAACAAGCCCUGGUAGCAGAGGAGCGAGUCCGUCAACUCCAGAUGAGGGUUCAUUCCAACCGGAUGUCAGCUGCCAAUACUUCCAGCCAGCAGGACCUCGAUAGAGCCCUCAAGAGCAAACGAGAGCUCUACAAGGACCACAGGACGAGCAGCGAGAAUGCUUCCCAUAAGUCCUCAGAUAGUGAUGUCAGCGACGUGUCAGCCAUCUCUCGAACCAGCAGUGCCUCUCGCAUUAGUAGCACCAGCUACAUGUCCAUCCAGUCAGAGAGACCCCGAGGACGCUUCAGCCGAGCCAUGCGUGUGACGGGUCGCCACAUGAUGAAGAGCACCAGUGUGAGUGGCGAGAUCUACGGCAUGGAGCAUGCAGAUGGCAGCCAAUCCGACACCGCCCUCGGGAGCUUAGGAAACGGGAUCAAAAAGCGGCGCUCGAGCCUCAGCCAACGUGUUGUUGCCAUCCUGCCAUCGAGGCGCAGUCGGAGUACUUCGCAGCUCAGCCAGACAGAGGCAGCGGGUAAGGCGGCAGAGAGACAGAAAGAGUCAACAGCAGGUAAGAAGAUGUCUAAGGGUGGCAGCAGCAGCAUCCAAAGGAGCGUGGAGACAGGCAGGGCGGUAGAGUACCCGCGAGGAGGGUCAGCCAUGAACCGUCAGGCCAGUAGGGAAUCUACUGAUGGCAGCAUGAACAGCUACAGCUCUGAGGGAAAUCUAAUCUUCUCAGGGAUGAGGUUGGGUGCCGACAGCCAGUUCAGUGACUUUCUGGAUGGUUUAGGGCCCGGUCAGCUGGUGGGCCGACAAACACUGGCAACACCUGCAAUGGGUGAUGUUCAAAUUGGUUUGAUGGAUAAGAAAGGACAGUUGGAAGUGGAGGUGAUCAGGGCACGAGGCCUUACCCCCAAACAGGGCUCCAAAUCCCUCCCAGCUCCCUACGUCAAGGUGUACCUGCUGGAUAAUGGAAAUUGUAAAGCCAAAAAGAAGACGAAAAUUGCACGAAAGACCCUGGAGCCUCUGUACCAGCAGCAUCUGGUCUUUGAUGAGAGUCCUCAGGGCAAGGUGCUUCAGGUGAUAGUGUGGGGCGACUAUGGACGUUUGGACCACAAAUGUUUUAUGGGUGUAGCACAGAUCUUACUUGAGGAUUUAGAUCUAUCGAGCACGGUGAUCGGAUGGUACAAACUCUUUCCACCUUCCUCGUUGGUGGAUCCUACUUUAGCGCCACUUACACAACUGGCGUCUCAGACAUCAUUGGACAGCUCAGGACCACCCCCAGGUGUUCGGUCCUAGUGACCGUCAUGACACGAACCCUCCAUCAUCCCCUUAAAUGACAAAAUAUAGAAACUAUUGGACCACGGUGGGUGGCAGAAGAUGACCUUGGUCAAACAAUAAAAGCCAGACAGAGAGACAGUGAAUGAGAGAGAGAUAGAACCAGCCAAUCAACGCUUCGAAGGAGUCUGACAAUCAUUUCUCACACUUUCCCUUCUUUCUCUACCUGAGCUUUUGUUUUGCAAGCUUUGUCAUUUGUGUUCCUCUGGGCUGCAGGUUUAUGUCCACCUUCAUAAUAUUUCCUCUGUAUUGGAUUGCUUUCAUUUUUUUCGUGCAUCUGAUCAAAGUCCUGCACUUAGUAGCGAGGAGUGCUAUAAACCAAUGGGUGUCAAACCUUUUUCACCAAGUACCACCUCAAAAACACUUGGCUCUCCAAGUACCGUCUCAAUGACCAACAUUAAAAUAAAGUAGCGUAGUAGGCAUGAGUAUUCAUUAAAAACAAGGCAGAGGUUUUAUUUACCAAGUAUAUUUAAUAUUUUUGGCCUUUGUAACCGUACACACAGUUUGAACGGUAACACUCGGUUUGAAUAUAUAAUUAAGUGAUUUUUUUUUUUGAUGCACCACUAAAUGGAGCCCACGUACCACUACACAGUUUGAGAAUCACUGCUAUGAACACUGUUGGGGUCACGUAAGGUCCAAAGUGAACACCUUCCAUGCAGAUCAAUGCCUGCCUGGAUGUCCACUGGCAUUGCUGUGGCAUCAGGGUGAGUCUAGCUGGGCACGAGGGCCUGCUGUUUGCAUGACUGGGUCCACUUUCUAGGUGAGAAAAGGCCUACACACACACACACACACACACACACACACAUAUACACACACUCAUCCUUUGUCUUGUUGGGAGAUAUGAACGCAAGCACAAGAAGAGCUUGAAUCUUUUGUUGAGGUGGAGGCAACAAAGAUUUUGAUCUUUGGUGUGAACAAGAGAUAAUGGAGGCCAAAAUGACGCAUUGUUUAUGCUUAAUUUCACCAUUUUUUACCGUCUUAGCUUUCCGAAAGGUAACAUACAGUGCGAAAUCCGUCUGGUUUUGUUAAUUUUUGUUUUCCCACUACAGACUGCGGUCCGGUCAGAUUCGCCCGAACACCCAAUGCCCCUAUACCCUAUGCAUGUUUGUUACUUUCAUUUCUUUUUGGUUUCGUUGCUUUAGUUUUGUUAUUACCUUGAUGACAAAAGAGAUGAACAAAUUUAGAAAAAAUAAAAAUAAAAAAAGACGAAACUAUAUGUGUUAGUUCCUCAUACUUUUAGGCCAGCUUGUAUGUUGCAUGUUCUUGUACAGUUUGCUUGUACUGAAUAUGAAUACAAACCGAGAAAAAAGCCAAGCCAUCCCCGUCCCCGACCAAUAAGGUAGUGUCAACUCCACACCUUCCACUCUGAAUAUUCAUAUCAGAAAUUUGCCUCGGUUUUUUUCUUAGACCCCUUCGAAUGACAGUGUUGUGCUGUAGUAAGGAGCAUACUCCAGCCCCUGGUGAUAAUGAGGAUGUACUUGUGACGUCAGACAGAGAUAGAGAAUGUGCGUAAUGCAGCUAUACCGUUACGAGUUUAAGAGAAAUUAUAAAGAUAUAGAUAUUUAUAUAUAUAUGAGUAUAGAAACGAGUGUAUCUGCCUGUCUCCAUGCACACCUUGUACAUAGAAAACCAGCAGAGGUUAUGAACAAGACAAACAUCAGUGACACACACACACACACAUUCCUGUGUUUUCUUUAUUUGUUUUGCUUUGAGAGGAAUUUGCUCCCUUUUGUUGAGCUCUAACUGCUGAGCGGUACUGAGCCACAGGGGGGCGCUGAAAGGCUUUCUGUUUUUCUCCCCAAGUUUCUGAAUACAAAACAUGCAGAAAAGGUGAAGCAUUGUUUUUACUUUCUAUAAAGUCCCUCCUCCCGCUUACGAUCGGGACUUUUAGAACCAAUGAAGAAUGCGUUUUUUUCCAGACCUUUUGUGGCAGAUGUCGUGUUGAAACUCUCAGCAGUGUGGCCGACUGCCCUUUCCUUUGUCAGUAUUACUUCACGAAUACUGAUUGUUUACAGCCCAUGGCUCUCCAGACCCAAACCACGACGCUCGAGGAAAGAUGGAGAAGUAUUCACUGCAACAGGUCUUGUUUGUAUAACAGAUGUGGCUCUACUGACGUGUAUGUUUUAUAUUCAAGAGUUCAUUUUUAUUAUUUACAAAUAAAAGACUGUGCGGAAGAAGAUACCUGCUUUUUCCCAACGAAGACGCCUCAUUAUUGAUGCAGGAGUCAAUGUUUUGUAGGUCUAUAAAAGGUGCUACCUACAAAGCAAAGAAAACAUUUGAGAACUACUUGAAAUAGUUUUCUCUUGGACCCUGUAAAAUAUUUAUUUUACACCCAGAUGACAAACACGACAUUGAAAGUUACAAAACCCACGAUAGUUUGGCUCCAUUUUUAAACCGCAUGCACCAGCAGGUACACCAGAACCACCAA